AUGCCUCCUCAUUCCAGGUUAUCGUAUGGUGCCGAAAAUUAUUCUCCAAGAGAAAUUGACAAUCAUGGUUUCGUGGGUAAUAUGCAUACUUCGGCCAUGGUUUCUGUAGAUGGUUCUGUGGAAAUGAUGUGUUGGCCACAAUUCGAUUCUCCUUCGGUAUUCGCUCGCAUAUUAGAUGCCAGAGCUGGUCACUUUUCCAUUACUCCUGUAGAAGAAUCGAGUUGCAAGCAAAUGUAUGAACCUUCAACGAACGUGCUACAUACAAAGUUUUAUUCUGAGCGUGGUGUUGUUCGACUGCUUGACUUUUUUCAUCGACAGUGGGAAGAUUACGAGCCACUAUAUCCUUGGCUUAUUAGAAGGGUUUGCUGUAUCAGAGGUAGUGCUCGCAUUAAACUCGAAUGCUUUCCAGCAUUCAAUUAUGCAACAGAAAAUCACGAAACUAAGAUCACGAAACUUAACAAUUACCUUCAGGCUGAGUUCUUUCCUGCUUCUGAAUCUCCUCAUUUCAUUUUGGACGUUAUUCCAACAGAAGAUGAUAUCGCAAUUCCUAUGGAAGUUACUCGUCCGUCAGAAAGACUCGUUGAAGGCGGAGGUGUUACCUGCUAUUUAGAAAUAGAAGAAGGUCAGGAGAUAACAUUUGUAUUUCGACAAGACCAAUUUGGUCCUAGCGUGGAUAAUAUAACAACGAAUUUGGUUGACAAACUUGAAGAUUCGACUAAAAGAUACUGGAGAGCAUGGAUUCAACAGUGUACUUAUACUGGUCGCUACAGGGAAUUUGUCCAGAGAAAUGCCCUUACCCUGAAACUAUUGAUUUACGAACCUACGGGUGCAGUUGUCGCGAGUCCCACGUUUUCGUUACCAGAAGACUUGGGCGGUGUAAGAAAUUGGGAUUACCGAUUUACUUGGAUUCGCGACUCUGCUUUUACAAUUUAUGCCUUGGCACAACUUGGAUUCCGAGCUGAAGCCGUUGAAUAUAUGUCAUUCAUAUACCACAUAUUGAAAGAAAAGAAUGCGGACGGGGGGAUCAAUGUCGUUUACUCUAUUCGAGGAGAUAGCGAUGGCCUUGAGGAGAAAGAACUAAGCCAUUUGCGUGGAUACUAUGAUUCUCGACCUGUUCGUAUAGGAAAUGGUGCUGUUAGCCACCUUCAACUCGAUAUUUAUGGAGAACUAAUGGAUGCUAUAUAUCUUUACGAUAAAAAAUGCCAACCAAUAGCUUACGAUUUGUGGUUAGAAGUUCGAGAUAUAUGCGAAUACGUAUGUGACAAUUGGAAACGACCUGACAAAAGCAUAUGGGAAGUGCGUGGACAAGAGAAAAAUUUUCUGUAUUCAAAAAUUAUGCUCUGGGUGGCCUUGGAUAGGGCGCUCCGCAUUGCUUUUAGUAGAUCUCUUCCAUGCCCCAAAAGAACGAAAUGGAUGGAUACCAGAGAUGAAAUUUAUGAAACUAUUAUGAAAUUAGGCUACAAUGCAGAUGGCGGAUUUUUUGCUCAGUCUUUUGAAACUAUCAAUAUUCUGGAUGCCAGUGUUCUCGUUAUGCCUUUGGUGUCAUUUAUUUCACCGACAGAUCCUCGCUUCCUUAGCACUAUGGAUAACAUCAUGAAGCCGUUGGAAAGAAACGGGUUAAUGAGUAACGGAUUAAUAUUCCGAUACAAUAACUUUGCAUACGAAGAUGGCGUAGGAGGUGAUGAAGGUGCUUUUAUAAUGGUAUGUUUUUGGCUAGUAGAAGCACUAGCAAUGGCAGGUUGUCGAGGAUAUCCAAAGCUUAUUUCCACCGCUGUAAGUAUGUUUGAGGACUUGGCUCGUUAUUCAAGUCAUUUAUCUAUUUAUUCAGAACAAUGUUCCCUGUCCAGUGAGUCCUUGGGUAAUAGUCCCCAAGCCUUCAGUUCAAUUGCUGCGAUUGCAGCAGCUCAUAUAUUGGAUAAAGCUCUUUCUGUAUACAAUGAAUCGUAA